UCCUUGACACGCGUUGCGCGUAUGGCGAUGUGGCGGUAGUUCGAGCGAGCCUAGCUCGAUCCAACCCUGCAGCUAGCUGAGUUCUCGGCCGAGUAGAAAGGUUUUCUGCAUGACUGAGAAAUUUGAACUGUUACUUGAAUGGCGAGCGAAGCAAACAAUCUCUGAUAUGAAGUCUCCAUUCGUGAGUACGAGUUGUGCUUUCCCCGUGAAACUUGUGUCAUCGUCCGACUCCUGGAAUUCUUGGUCAUGAUGAUGGCGACCGUGGAAACAAUGCGUGCGAAGCUGCCUGUUCGGAUGCUGGCCAUUACCCUUCUAGUGGGAUUUACCCUCAUCCAAAUUGUCCUCCACUGGCCUCUCCUCUCUCAAGCGGGCAAGUAUACGUAUCAGCUGCUGAGUUUGAUGGCCCGUGACUCGCAGCGCUACGUGACGGAGACACAAUUGCUUGGAGAGAUGACGUGGAGACUUCACAAGUAUGAACUGAACUUCAAUCAUCAAACUUGUAAAUCGCAAGUGAUGGUCAAGAAGAAAGUGGCUUGGCUCACGGCCAUGGUAAAUGAUGACUUUGUCGUACCAGCAAUCGCACUCUCCUACCUACUGAAGAAGCUCUCCUGUUACCAGGACCGCAUUGUGAUGGUAUCUACCGGUGUGUCGCAGGCAGCACAAGCAGCUUUGAAGCAGGCUGGUUACAAGAUUGAGGUUGUGCAGCCUAUGGACUGUGACUACAUGGACAAGCUAAAGGGAAGGAAGCCAACAGGGAAAGGAAUCCUGGGAACGCAUACGCGUCUGCAGGCAUGGAAUCUCACUCAAUGGGAUACGCUCGUGUACCUGGAUGCUGACUUUCUCCCGCUCUCCAAUAUGGACGAGUUGUUCACGCGCAGUUCUGGCCUAUCGGCACCGUACUGCUCUCGGCCAGGUAUUGCUGAUCCCUGCUUCAAUGCUGGCCUACUGGUAUUCCAUCCUCACAGGGAGGUCUUCCAGGGUCUGAUGGACCAUUGGAGUAAAGCGUCGGAUUACUCCUGCCCUAAUGAUCAGAUCUUGCUGUGGCACUACUUUGCCGACAAUGACCAGUGGGACCCGCUUCCGUACGGCUAUGAUGUUCGCCGUAUGAUCUACUUCCCGAUGAAAGCGUACCACUUUGCCUGCUGUCUGCGUCCGAAGCCGUGGCACUAUCCGCAGGUGCCGAACCGCCACGAUGCAUUCUACUAUGAUGGUCCAAUUGACGACAUUGACGACUUUGCCAUGGUUUGGUGGCGCAGCUUCUACCGUGCCGUGGACGAGUUCCACCUGGAUGAGUGGUGGACCGGUGCGCAGAAGUCCCUAGCCAAGUACAGAAGCAACCGGUCUGGUCUCUGAGUGCUAUUAUCUUGGAUGUAAUGUCUCGGCGACUCUGACGCACACGGAAAGAGCUAGAGACACACAGAGACAGCAGAGUGGCUUCUUAGAGAACUUGACAUGCAAUGUCACUGCUGGUCAGAAACCACAUCGAUCUUUCUCGCCCCGUCCUCUCUCUCUCUCCUCGUGCCUCUAACCAUGUGUAUGCGUGCGCUUUCGUGCUUGCGUGUGUGUUUGUGCCACCACUUCACUUUGCUUAACCACAUGUUAUUGAUGCGUGGCCAUCCGUACUAAAUUGUUGAGAACAUUUGCUUGAGUCCACCUUGAUUCACAACACACCGACUCCGCCCGCUUAACUUUUUUUUUUUUUUUUUGCUGACCGUUUGUGAUGUAGACUGCUGUUUCUGCGUAGGUGUGUGGCUGCUGCUGCUGCUGCUGCUUCUACUGCACUUGCAAUGCAGUCAGUGCGUGGUGCCAAGACAUCCACUACAAUCCAUAGUCUGCUGUGACGACCUUGAGCACUUCUUCAGAUUCUACAAGCCGUCGACACGGCUGCACUUCCUGGCAUCUAUUUUUAAAAAUUUAUCUUUGCCCAGCGAAUAACAUUUAUUUAAUUAUGGCGAUGGACUAUUUCUUUUCCAGCCCUAGGUUUGAUGACGGUCUCUAGUCCGUUCCGUUUUUUUUCCAUUCACGCCAACUGUGCGUCCCAAUUUAGUGGAUGUUUGCCUUCAUAUAUUAUUACUUGGAUACUUGCAAGCUCUGCUGCUCACUAUUAUUGUCGUGAUAACUAACGUUAGUAGACCUGUGA